CUAAGAACUUAUUAAUCAGCUACAACUAACAGUUACUACUACUUUUCUUCCAGGCCCUUGAUUUUCCAGGAGGACCAAAAUGAGCUGGACAGGAGGAGAUUGGAUGUGUGCAGCAUGCCAACACCAGAAUUUUAAAAAGAGGGAAGCAUGUCAACGCUGCGGGUAUCCCAAGUAUGGUGGCCCUGAUGUAUCAGCCUACUUAUACAAUAGAACAGAAGUUUUGGCCGGGGACUGGUAUUGUGCUGCCAUGAACUGUGGAGCUCACAACUAUGCUAGCAGAGCAAACUGCUAUCGAUGCGGUACCGUUAAAAAUGAUUAUGGUGGCUAUAGUAUGAUGGGCUCUGAAGGGAGUGCUCCUCCUGGAUGGAAGACUGGUGACUGGAUUUGCACCGGGUAUGGAUGUGGAGUUCACAACUAUGCUAGCAGGAUGGAAUGCUUCAAAUGCAAGACACCUAGGGAUUUUGGUGGUGCUUAGGAACGAGGAACAAUAAUGUCCGUAAUGUCACUCAUCUCUCUUCACAUCUGAUCCUUCCACCAUUUUUGUUUAAUUUGAAGUCAAACAACAUUUAGGUUGACCAAGGUUGUUGGCCUUUUUCCAAGUGUAGCCAUGUAGCUGCACUGAUCAGCAGAAGGAUUUCUGGCUUUAUUGUGUGGGGCAUGUGGUGUUCCUACAUGAAGCUUUGAAAUCUUUUCCCUUCUUUUCUAAUAAAAAAUUUAAUGGAAAUACUAUGUUUUAAGUG